ACAGUCCAUAGAAAACUCCACCGCGAAAUAAUAGACACGGUUGCACCCCGUUUGGUACAAAAACCAAACAAACCCCACGGGAAAGAAAACCGAAAAGAAAGAAAUUCAAGAGAGAGAAAAUUAAAAAAAACUAUCUAGAAUUUUCUUUUCUUUACCCAGACGAACGAAUCGCCCUCUGUUUAGGUUUUUAUUUUCUCUCCACUUUCCUUCAAAUCUCCGUUAUUUUCAGAUUCUCUCCUCUUCUUUGUUAACCCCCAAUCAAACCCUCUCUCUCUCUCUUCAAUUUUCCUUCGAUUUUCCAUCUCUCUCGUUUCGAAUUCCCUCUAAUCCAUUCAAUUUCACCGUCGAUUUGCAGAUUCUCAUACCGAUUGUGAGAAACAUGGCGGAAGAACACAGGUGCCAGGCUCCGUUAUUCUGCGCGAACAAUUGCGGUUUCUUCGGGAGCGCGGCGACGGAGAAUCUCUGUUCCAGGUGCUACCGCGAUCUGCAGCUCAAGGAGCAACAGGCUUCAUCAGCGAAGCAGGUUCUCAACCAGUCGCUCGCGCUUCCGGCUCCGGUGGUGAUUUCCGAGCCGGCGGCGGCUUCUUCUUCGUCGGUUGUUGCGUCGCCACGCGCCGUGGAGGAGGUGAAGCCGAAUGGGCCGAGCCGGUGCGUGACGUGCAGGAAGCGCGUGGGGCUCACGGGGUUCAAGUGCCGGUGCGGGAUGACGCUGUGUGGGGUCCACCGUUACCCGGAGCAGCAUGAUUGUGAGUUCGAUUUCAAGGGUUUGGGGAGGGACCAGAUCGCGAAGGCGAAUCCGGUAGUGAAGGCGGAGAAGCUUGAGAAGAUCUGAGAUGGGGAGGGGCGUUAUGGUCAUUUCGUAUUUUGUCGUUGUUACCGAUUUGUCCGUGGAAACUGACCCGGGUAUGGAUCCGGGUCGGACUCACGGUGGUGUUAACGGAUCGGCGCCGUAAUAGGCGGUGGUGGGGGUGGUUGGGUUAGUGGGUGGGUCAUUGUUGCGUUGUGAUUGUAAAUUAAAUUUAAUAACAUUUUAAUUGUCUUUACAGUUGAAUGUUGAAUUAUUUUCUAGCUUUAAAAUAUUAAUUCUCUUGCAGGCUGAAAAUUAUUUCAAAAUGAAGGGUCACUCCGCGUGACGCUGAUAUUCGCUCAUGGAUUAAUAGGAUUAUUACUUGUGUGUGUAUCUCAACAAUAGCUUGCUUGCCAUUUACCUUCCUCAUGGGUUAAAAGUUUGAA